AUCCCGGAUCCUUACAGAUGGCUAGAGGACCCAGAUUCAUCCGAAACAGCGGCAUUUGUUAAGGCACAAAAUGAAGUAACCAAGAGUUUUAUCGAUCGUUGUCCCUAUAAAGAGCGUAUGCGAGACCGACUGAAGGAAAUUUGGAAUUAUGAACGGUUCUCAUGUCCAUUCAAAUCCGGUCCCUAUUACUAUUUUUGGAUGAAUACCGGUCUUCAGAAUCAAAGUGUCCUUUAUCGGCUGGAGGAGUUGAACGGCUCUCCUACUGUAUUUCUCGAUCCUAACCAAAUCGACCCGGACGGCCUGACGUCUGUUCGUACGUAUAACUUUUCCGAAGAAGGUCAAUAUUUUGCUUACGGUCUCAGCUAUGGCGGAUCUGAUUGGUCCGAAGUGAAGUUUAAACGCUGUGAUUCUGGCGAGGCCUUACCUGACGUGUUGAAAAACGUCAAGUUUAGCAGCAUCGAGUGGACACACGACGAAAAGGGUGUUUUCUACUGCAUGUUCCGCGAUCAUCAAGGCAAAGCCGAUGGGACUGAGACAACGUCCAAUCAGAAUCAAAAGCUCAUGUAUCAUCGCUUAGGAACCGAUCAAUCGGAGGACAUUCUGUGUUACGAACGUCCGGAUCAUCCGAAUUGGUUGUUUGCUGCUGAAGUGUCCGUUUGCGGUCGAUACGUUCUAGUUGGCGUCCAAGAGGGUUGCGAACCCAAGAAUCAACUGUACUAUUGUGAUCUGGCCCAAACCGAUUACAAGAUCACAGGCCCAUUGAAACNCCAUCCAAUUGUCAAUGAGUUUGAGGCCGUGUUUGAGUAUGUGACCAACGAGGGCUCCGUGUUUACAUUACGGACCAAUUUAAAUGCACCAAUGUACAAGCUAAUCACUGUCGACCUGCAGAACGUAGACCGCCAUCAUUUUGCACUGGCGUGGGUCGGUUGGCUUGUUGAUGAGCGUUCACGUACCGGACGUGAAUCGUUGCUAGGAUACUUGUCCCUGACUGUUGUUAUGAAACGUGGAUAA